AUGAACAAACCACCAAGGUCUCUCAGGCUCAAGCUUGGGCUAGGGGCCCUUGUUUCGUAUACUGGGUUUGAAGCGUACAUGCAUUUACGAACCCAGUAUAUUAUCUCGCAGAGGAAGAAAGAGCAAGAAGCUGCUCUCCAGCUGGAAGACAUCUCCAGGUUCAAGUCAGCUACUGUCAAUGGGAUGUUUGUGAAUCCGUUUGAUGAAUAUAGGCCACAAACAGGCUUUGAGUUUCUAUGGGUAAGGGUAAUGGAGCUCGUGGAGAGUUUCUACGGGAACAAGAUCGAGAUUCACGAUAAGUAUCCUACGCCAGAAGGUGACUUUAAAGAAGUGGACGACUUGCUUAAAAGCUUUAAACCUAACUAUGAGCUUUUGAGGUCGAAUUCAAAGAUUUUCCAGCAAUGCACGGCUCUGGGGAAUUUUGAAAAGCUUCGAGAAGAAACAGACGGUGCUCUGGUCCAUGAUCAAUUGCUCUUUACUUGGUUGGGUCAGUCAUGUUCGCUCGUUCAGAUCUCAGGUAUCAAUAUAUUGACUGAUCCUAUCUUCAGUGACCAUUUAUUCACGCCCCAUAUUGGCCCCAAGAGACUUGUGAAGUCGCCCAUGACUCUUGACGAUGUCAAGUAUGCUACAAAUAAUAAGCUAGACUUCGUCUUGGUCUCUCAUAACCAUCCAGAUCAUUUAGAUAUGGAUGCAGUGGACCGUAUAAGCAACAGUGCAACUUGGGUUGUGCCAUUGGGGCUCAAGCUGGUAUUGGCUCGGAGAGGAAUCUAUAGGGUCGUGGAAAUGGACUGGUGGGAUAAGGUAUCGCUUAACAACCUUAUCACUGAUAGCCCCAAUUUUGCCGAUAGCUAUGAAAUCGUCUGUGUUCCUGCCAUGCACUGGUCUGGAAGGCACGUCUCUGACUCCAACUUUUCACUCUGGGGCUCUUUCAUUCUUAGAAGAAAUGGCCAGUCCCUUCUAUACCAUGCUGGUGAUACUGGUUAUUGCCGAGAGCUUUUCCAAAUGAUCGCAAAGAAGUAUGGGCCAGUGACGCUACUGAUGCUUCCAAUUGGCCAAUACUGUCCUGAAUGGCACCAGCUGCCUCGACACAUUCUGCCAGAAGAAAGCAUCAAGAUUGCAACCAUGCUAGAAACACAAUUCGUGUUGGGCAUUCAUUUUGGUACGUUCAAGCUCAGUUCUGAACCAAUCCUCGAGCCUAAAAACAAGCUCCUAGAUAUCGCCAAACAUAUGGGGAAAGCCGAUGACUACAAAGUACCUGAGUUCGGCCUAACAUACUCGUACCAUCUCCACAAUGGUAACCACAUCAAGCACUUUUAG